AUGUUUGAAUCAAUAAAGAUUUGGAUUCCUUCUGAAAUCAGAAUCAAAGCCAUUCUUUCUAUCAAUUACGAUGAUUGUGGAGAAUUAUUUUAUGCAAUUUCAAAUAGCAAACUUCUUAAUUGGAAAAUCCAUGAUCCUGAUUUCAUUUUAAACGUAAAUCCUUACGUUUUGCUCAAAAAUGAAUAUUUAAGUUCAUUUUUGGUUGAUAGUCAUGACCCUAUUCCUGCAAAUGAGAUCGAAGUCUCUAAAUUCUGCUCUUUUAUUCCAGAAAGCAAAGAUAUGUCUGAGAAUGAUAUGAUUGACAAGUUCACAACUCUUGAUCACGAGCAGUACAAAGCAUGUAUCAACUUCUUUUUGAGGAAUAUCACAUUAGUUAAUGGUUGUGCUGGUUCAGGAAAAUCACAUCUUGCUAAUCAUGCUGUCAAAUUGUUUAACACUGCAAAAACAAGUGAAAUUCUUGCGGUUGUCACUCAAACUAAACAUACAACUGAUGAAAUUAUCAGUCAUGCUCUUCCUUUCAUGGAGAAAGGAGACAUCCUCAGACAUGCUUCUUUGAAUUUGACUUCGACAGAAGAAAUAAAAGAAGUUUCUUUCACUGAUGAAUUAUUGAAAAUGUCUCCUCAUUUUGAUGAACGAAAGACAAUGAAGCGUUCUCUUGCUUUUGCAAGGAAAGGAUUGCAAGACUUCAAUAACAUUAUUCCUCAAAUUUACGACUUAGCUCUUCUGAUCAAGAAUAAGAUUGCAGAUGAUGACAAAAACUAUACUAAGAUAUGCAGUAAUUUCCUUAUUCUUAAGUAUUUCAUCGAUUUCGACAGUUUUGCUGACAUUUUUACAAAAGAUGUAAGAUUCAAACCAAAUUACAAACCUACUUACGAAGACAUUAUUCAUUUUUGGCUUGAUAAGGACUUUUACAAUUCAAAAAUCACACAUAAAGAUCCUUUUGCAAUCCCUAUUGAUGAUUUCAGCAAUUGCUAUCCAAAGGAAGAAGAUAUCUACAAAGACAGUGAAAUUGUUCCUGAUUUUCCUGAUGAAGAUUGCAGCAGAAAGAUUAAGUUCACUGAAACAAACAUCAAAGAACUUCUUGAAGCUGAAGAUGACGACGAUGAUGUUGAUCAUUUUGUACCAGAUUUCUCGGAUGCAUUGACAAUGAAAACCAAAUCAAUCUAUUCCUUAGGCGCUGUUCCAUUCCAAACAAUUGCUUCUGAUUCAAGAAUGUCUUAUUUCAAUAUGUUCUUGAAAGGAAUUUAUCAGAACAAAGCAUGGUCACCUCUUCAACAGAUUUAUAUCUAUAUCAGAUAUGUCUUGAGGAAUUUGAUCGAUUGGAGAAACGAUUACAAAGCAAUUGUCAACAUGAGAACAAAGGAAUUGGAAAAAAUAGAAAUCAAUUGCUUGGCUGAUGUCUAUCGUAAAUACAAGGUCAUUGUAAUGACAGCAUCUUAUGCUUCUAAAUACAGAGAAGCGUUAGAGAGAGCUGGAGUUCAUUACAUGAUCAUCGAAGAAGCCGGUGAACUCACAGAAGCAACAACAAUAUCUCUGAUCCCAAAGAAUUUGACACAUCUCAUGAUGAUCGGAGAUUACAAGCAAUUGAGACCAUCAGUCGAAUACGAACUGAGAAGUGAGCAAAACUCUGCUUAUUCAUUCGAUAUUUCGACAUUCGAAAGACUUGUGAAGAAAGCACUUGAUGUCAAAUCUCCUGAUUUAUUCUACUUGAAUGUCCAGAGAAGAAUGCAUCCAGAAAUCUCUUAUCCUAUCAGAAAAUUGAUUUGCCAAGAAAUGGUUGAUGGAGAUAAUUCCAAGAGAUCAUUGGAAGGAUACAAGCUUCGCGACAGAGUUUCAUUCAUCCUUCACGAUUUCGAAGAAUCAAGUUCAAAGGAAACGAGAUCAAGAUCGAACGAAAAUGAAGCAAUUCUUGCUGUUUAUACUGCUUUGUUCUAUCUUCACAGAGGUUUUCAAAGCACUGAAAUCACAAUUCUGACUUUAUACAAAGGCCAGGAAGAAGAAGUCAAGAAGCAGUGGAACAAGAUUUUUAAAGAAAAAGAAAAGCAAGCAGCAUUCUAA